CACGCCAUGAAACAAAUCAAGAGUGGCUUCAUUCGUUCUUACUCCACAGCCUCAAUUGUCACCAAAGCUGGUCAAGAUCAUGGAGCAAAGGCUCUCCCUCAUCGAACAAAGGAAUGCUUGUCUCCACAGCAUCAUCAACCAGCCGGAUUCCUCAGCAGAAGAGUAUGCCAGGGCCAAUAAGGAGCUUCGCAGAAUUAGCUCCUCCAUGGACCUUAUAAAUCAGCUUAGAGCCACACACAAGGAGAUUGAUGGGUUGAGGUCACUCGUGGCCGAGUCUUCCCAUGACAGAGACAUGCUUGAUAUGGCAACCCAUGAGUUGGAUCAGGCCAUCAACCAUGAGAGGACGCUGCACAGUUUGUUGCUCAAGACCCUGCUCCCCAAGGAUGACGCCGACGAGAGGGAUUGCAUAUUGGAGGUUAGAGCAGGAACCGGUGGGGAGGAGGCUUCUUUGUUUGCAAUGGACAUAUUUAAAAUGUACGAGAGAUUCUCACAUAAUAAGGGUUGGACGUUUCAAGUGUUGGAUAUUACUGAGUCUGAUCUUAAAGGAUAUAAGGAAGCAAGCGCAGCAAUCUCAGGGGUUGAUGUUUAUGGCAAACUUAAAUUUGAGAGUGGUGUUCACAGAGUACAGCGAGUUCCCGUGACAGAGAAGUCUGGACGCAUUCAUACUAGUGCUGUUUCUGUUGCUAUCCUCCCCCAAGCUGAUCAGGUAGAUGUCCACUUGAGGAACGAAGAUCUGAAAAUUGAUACCUAUAGAUCUGGUGGUUCAGGGGGUCAGCAUGCAAAUACAACAAACAGUGCUGUGAGAAUAACUCAUAUUCCAACUGGGAUGACCAUAGCCAUACAAGAUGAACGAUCCCAACAUAUGAACAAGGCCAAGGCACUCAAGCUACUGUGUGCAAAGCUAUAUGAGAUGGAAAGGUCUAGACUGCAGAACAAUCGGUCAAAACUUCGAUUAGAGCAGAUUGGUAGUGGGGAUCGAUCAGAACGUAUUCGUACGUACAACUUUCCUCAAGGUCGUGUAACUGAUCAUCGUGUUGGCAUUACUCAUCAUACAAUAAGUAAUGUGAUGCAGGGAGAGAAUCUGGAUGUCUUUAUUGAUGCCCAUCUUUUGCAGCAGGAAAUGGAUGCCAUCGCCUCUUUCAGUUCUUCCCAGUGA